AUGGAGUCAAAAGACAUAAUGAGCGAGAAGCCUGCCACGGGGCCGACUCCCAUAGAAGCCAUCCACUCGCCCUCGUCGAACGCGUCUUCGUCCGAUGAGAAGCCCACGGUCUUGACCGCGGAGGAUGUCCCCCAUGGACACAAUGACAUUACGCACCCAUAUGACCCCCGUGUCGCGCCGCAGUACACCAAGCAGGAGGAAGAUGCCGUCAUUCGCAAGCUCGACUGGCAUCUCAUGCCCCUGAUUUUUGUGCUCUAUUCACUCUCGGUGCUUGACCGGUCGAAUUUGGGCAACGCCAGAAUCUCUGGUAUGGAAGACGACAUCGAUCUGUCGGGGAGACGGUAUGACUGGUUGGGAACCACAUUCUACAUUGCCUACAUUCUCUCCCAAUGGACACAAAUGGGCUGGAAAGCCUUCCCACCACACGCCUGGGUGGCUUUCGUCGUCUUCGGCUGGGGCGUGGUUUCCACCCUGCAAGCGGCAUGCUCGUCCUGGGCUGGCGUCAUGAUCUGUCGAGUCUUCCUCGCCAUAUUCGAAGCUGCGUACGGCCCCGGUGUGCCUCUCUAUCUCAGCUUCUUCUAUCCGCGCGAGAAGCUCGGUCUGCGUACCGGCAUCUUCCUCUCCGGUUCAGCAGCCGCCAACGCAUACGGCUCGGCGCUGGCGUACGGCAUCUCUCAAGCUAAAGGCAGCAUUGGCCCAUGGCGCAUUCUUUUCAUCGUCGAAGGCGUUCCGACCUGUCUUUUGGCCGUCGUGGCGUGGUUCUGGCUGCCGGACUCGCCGCAUCAUUGCAAGUUCCUCAAUGAGAGAGAGCGAGAGAUCGCCGUGGAUUUGUCUCUGAGACAACCUGGUGACAGAUCCGGCAAGAAGGGCCUGCAAUGGAAGCAAGUGCUAGGAGGAUUGAUCGACUACCGAUCCUAUCUCCCUCCACUGAUGUACUUCGGCUGCAACGUCUGCUUCGCCUCGCUCCCGCUCUUCGUGCCCACGAUCAUCUCCGAGAUGGGCGAGUUUUCGACGAUUCAGUCGAACGGCAUGUCCGCUCCGCCUUACGUGCUGUGCUGGUUCGCCAUCGUCGGCACGGCCUUCAUCUCCGACCGAGUUCAGAUGCGUGGAAUCUUCGUCGCCACCCCGGCCCUCCUGGCGGCAGUGGGCUACAUCAUUCUCGGCACCACCUCAUCCACCGGCCCGCGCUACUUUGCACUGUUCCUGGCGGUCCUGAUCUUCGUUUCCGUGGCCAUGACGCUGACCUGGGUGGGCAACACACAUGCGACAGACUCCAAACGGGCGGUCGCUCUCGCCAUUCUCGCCACGGGAGGCCAGUGCGGCCCGGUCCUGGGAACCAACAUCUUCCCCAAGAGCGAAGGGCCGUACUAUCGCAAGGGAAUGUGGGUUUCUUGCGGCGCGUGUCUGCUUGUCGUGGUGACGAGCGUCAUGCAGAUGGGCCUGUUGCAUCGCGCCAACAAGAAGCGUGAUGAGAAGUAUGGACGGGACCGCGACACCGUGCACCUUCAGAACCACUCGGAAUCCGGGAAUGACAAGCAGUUUAGGUAUGUCGUUUAG